AUGAUUGUGGAUGAUUUUAAAAUCUUAUAUAAUACUCACUCCUGCCCGUCGUCUCCAGAGUGGAUGCACCCGAUCCCGUCCCCGACAUGGGCUCCUGGUCGCCCUUCAUCAGCUGCAGUUGCUCCUGCUGCAGCAGCAGCUGAUGUUGCUGUUGCGGCUGAUGCUGCUGUUGCAGUUGCUGCUGCUGCUGCUGCAGUUGCUGGUGUUGCAGUAGUUGCAGCUGCUGCACGUCGCAGUGGACCUCGUGAAUGGGCGGGGUGGGGGCGUCAUCCCGCUCGCCCCUCAAACAGGAGGCCAAUCCCCGGCUGCGGGGCAUCGUGCUCCGCCGCAGGGCCGCCGUCUGGGGUUGCUGAUCCCCGUUUGAUCUCGAUGGAUUCGGGGUGGAAUUCUGGGAACUCUGGGUGUUCUGCGGAGUGGUACGCGGCAUGGAGUGCAUUUUGCGCUGCUGCGGCGUCGCCGAAUUCGCCGAAUGCAUUUGCACCUCGUCGCUAA